AUGAUAUGCUCUGCAUCACAUUCAGCUGUUGGAUUUCCCACAGAAACAGGCAUUGCACUGAUAUACGCGAGCAAAGAAGUCUUAGCAACAGAUGAGAUCAGGCCCGCAAAAACAAGCAAGCCAGCACCGCACACAGAAGCAGAAAAAUGGGUAUUAAACAGCACAUACCCAGAACAAACAAUUACCCUAGGACCUGCGAUGUCCGAUUUAACGCGCGCGGCGCUCAAGAAGUUGUUGCACGAAAACAUAGACGUGUUCGCCUGGACACCUGCUGAUAUGGUUGGUGUUCCACGGCACAUAGCAGAACAUCGUUUAAAUGUCUCAGAAGAAACAAAGCCAGUGGUACACGCCAAGCGCCACUUGGGCGACAUAAAGCACGAUGCCAUGAAAGAACAGGUACUGGAGUUGCUAAAUGCGGGAAUCAUCAGAGAAGUCAGAUACCAAACAUGGGUGGCAAGCCCAGUGAUGGUAAAGAAACCAAAUGGCAGCUGGAGAAUGUGUGUUGAUUACAAAGAUCUAAACAAGGCAUGUCCGCGCGACUGCUACGCCUUACCAGACAUAGACGAAAAAAUCGAUUCUCUGGCAACAUUCAGGUGGAAAUCUUUAUUGACUGCUACAAGGGGUAACACCAAGUUCAAAUGGCCGUCCAAGACGAGGAUAAAACCGCAUUCCGCACGCCGACAGGGCUGUACUGUUACACUAAGAUGCCUUUCGGCCUAA